AUGCUCUGGCAUCAGUGUUCGUUGUGGGCUUCUCAUGCCCUCCUCCUCCUGAGCUUCGUUCUUUCCGUGUUGCCAGUUUCGCUCUCUAUAGGGGCUGCAACCUUGGCCUCGCUAGCCGAUCCGCCUCGCAAAUCGAACGGGCUGUCCGACGUCGUACAAUGGGAUAACUAUUCUCUCUUCGUGCAUGACCAGCGCAUAUUCCUCCAUUCGGGAGAAUUCCAUACCUUCCGCCUCCCGGUACCUGACCUCUGGCUCGAUAUCUUCCAGAAAAUGGUCGCUGCGGGGCUCAAUGGUGUCAGUAUCUACAUCCAUAUGGGCGCGACUAACCCUUCACGUGGUGUACUUGACUUCAACGACUGGCGUGCACUCCAGCCCAUCUUUGAUGCUGCGAAGCUGGCUGGUAUCUUUGUUACGCUUCGCCCUGGACCCUACAUCAACGCUGAGACGACCGCGGGUGGCAUUGCCCACUGGAUCACCAGCGAAGUCGCUGGGGCGCUAAGGUCGAAUGCAUCCGACUGGACCGCUGCCUACCAACCCUAUAUCUCAGGUAUCAUUGACGCCGUUGUACCCAACCAAGUGACGGAAGGCGGGCCAGUACUUUUCGUUCAAGUCGACAACGAAUUCAGUCAGUUUGAUACAUCUGAAGCAUAUUUCGCGGACCUCGAGGCGCAAUACCGUAACGGGAGUGUGGUAAUCCCUCUCACAUACAAUGAUCCAGGAGAGGGCAACAACUUCAUCAAUGGCACGGGCGCCGUUGAUAUCUAUGGACUCGAUGCCUAUCCGCAAGGUUUUGACUGCUCGAACCCUACUCGCUGGUCAGGCGUCACCACAAACUAUCAUUCCUACCAUGAGUCCGCCGACCCAGCCGAGCCCUGGUACAUGCCUGAAUUCCAAGGAGGCGCAUUUGAUCCUUGGGCCGGACCUGGUUAUGAUGCAUGCGAGGUGCUCACUGGCGCCGACUUCGAAGACGUCUUCUAUAAGCAGAACUGGGCUGCGAACGUGAAACUGAUCUCAUACUACAUGCUAUACGGAGGGACGAGCUGGGGGGGUUUCCCUUUCCCUGGGGUCUACACCAGUUACGACUACGGCUCAUCCAUCCGCGAGACACGCGCUCUCAGCGCUAAGUUCGACGAGCUCAAGCGCCAAGGACUGUUCCUCCGCUCUUCGCCCGAGUUCCGCAAGACCGAUUGGAUCGGAGAUACAAGCACGGGUAUCCCUGAAGUGACAUUGAACGGCAGCGCUGCUUUUGUUACUCUGUUGAAGAACCCGGACACCAGCACUCAGUUCUUCAUCACGCGUCAAGCCGAUUCGACCUCUACGGCCAACAUAUCCUUCACCCUCACUGCCCCGUCCUCCCAAGGCACGCUCACCCUUCCACCGACAACAGGUAGCAUUGCGCUCAAUGGACGGCAGAGCAAGCUCAUUAUCACCGACUACUCCUUCGGCGCGAGAGGUUCCGUGCUCUAUACCACCGCCUCGAUCUUCUUCGCUGGUACAAUCGGCCAGCGUGAUGUGCUCUUCCUCUUCGGUGAUGCGAACCAAUCUCACGAAUUUGCGCUCACCUUGGCGGGUUCUGGCACGCGCUCGACUUCCACACGUUUGGAGUUCUCCGAUUCGACCGUCGGGAAAGGGAUCACGAACGUCGCAGUGCAGCCCGGUUCUAACGAAUUGCUCACUAUCUGGGACUCCCCUUCUCAGCUCAUCCUUUUCGCUGAUCCUGUCACUGCCGCUACCUUCUGGGCGCCAGCAGUCAAGUCUCAGACCCGGAACACCGUCCCCGGCUUCGAGUCGUUCUGGCAGUUCGGCACGAACACGACCGUCCUCGUUGGGGGCCCCAACCUUGUCCGAAAUGCGACUAUAUCAGGUAACACCCUCGCACUCCGUGGCGAUUUGAAUGCUUCUGUUCCCCUCACUGUCGUCGCGCCGUCCGCGGUCAAGCGAGUGACUUGGAACGGUGCACCAGUCAGCGUGCAGAGCUCAGGAGCACUCCUCACUGGUCGCUUGACCCAAAACGCGAACGUACGCAGAGUGACUGUACCGAAGCUGACGGGGUGGAAGUUCAACGAUAGUCUUCCGGAGAUCCAACCUGGGUUCGACGACUCGGCCUGGACUGUCGCUAACAAGACGACAACGAAUAUCAAUCUGCAGCCUCUGUUUGGUGACGGCAGAGUGUUAUAUGGGUGCGACUAUCAGUUUUGCGAGGGUCAUGUCUUGUUCCGCGGCCACUUCAACGCCACUGGUUCCGAGACAGGAGCGAACCUGACUAUCUAUGGGGGUUCAGGCUUCGCCGCCUCCGUCUUCAUUAAUGAUCAAUUUAUCAGCACUGCCUUCAACGGUGGUGAUCACGUUAACGCUCUCUUCCCCUUCCCCGAUGGAUCGAUCAUCCCAGGACAAGAUAAUGUUGUGACUGUCGUCCAGGAUAACAUGGGCAACGACGAAGAUUCGGGUGAGAAGUCCCCCCGAGGCAUCGCAGGGUUCUCAUUGAACGGUGGCACGUUCGACACCUGGAAGGUGCAAGGCAAGGUUGGCGGCUACACCAACUUCCCGGACAAGGUUCGUGGUGUGAUGAAUGAAGGCGGACUGUUCGGCGAGCGCGAAGGAUGGCAUCUUCCUGGCUUCGACACUAGCAGCUGGACCGCGCGCGAUAUAUCCGAGGGUCUCCCUAGUGGUGGCGCAGGUGUUGGGUUCUUCGUGACCACCUUCGACUUGGCGUUCCCGAAGGACACCGAUGCAUUCGUCAGCUUCCAGUUCGAGACCACGAAUACGCAGCAGUACAGAGCCCUCCUGUUCGUGAAUGGAUGGAAAUACGGCAAGCGCGUGGCGAACCGGGGUCCACAGACAAAGUUCCCUGUACACCCUGGCAUCCUAGACUUCAACGGCAAAAAUACUGUGGCGGUUGCCCUUUGGGCGCUGAACAGCACUGCUGUAUCUCCGAGCCUGGAGCUUGUCGUUGACGAUGUCUUGGACGGAGGUGUAGGCACCGUCGCGACGAACAACCCCGUUUGGGAGCCAAGGUCGUGAAAGAUCCUCUCACAGCACACUCUGUGAUCUCGUAUGCAAUAUCACAUAGCGAAUGAAGUACUUUUUGUCUGUAGCCUCCGAUGUAACACCCCG